AAAAGUGAUGGGCAUUAUAAUUCUCCCGGCACUAAUGAGAAAAAAACCGAGGUCCUACAAUGAAAUUCGCUCUCACAGUUUUGACCAUCCUGGCCGCAGCCAGCCAUCUCAACGCUUACACAUUGCCAAGCGUUGGCACAGGUGUCCUGGCCAAUGAAUUGCAGGAUUUCGUGAACUUGGUGCCCAUCGAUAAAGUACUGGAGCUCACGCAAGUAUAUCAAGCCAGAGACAAGGAAUUCCAAUGGAUUAUGACUUUCUUGCAAUCCGAUGAUAUGAAGGGCUUCGUCGACGACGUAGAAGCUUUACCCGAAUUCGAAACCCUCAUGCAGUAUUUGCUAAACCAAGGUCUUGACAGUUACACUUUAAUGAACGACAUGAAAGAAUCCUUGGCUGCGAGUAUCGAAAAAACUAAUGUGAAUUCUAAUCUCAGAAUUACCGGAGGAAUCGCAGGUUAUGUAAAAGACGUUUCAGAGGUCGUAUCUGUGUACAACAUGUCGAAUCUGUUCGAAUACAAGGUCGUGACUUCUGAGGUUUUCAAAAAUUUCUUGCACGAAAUUCUAUCUCUUCAAUACGAGAACCUUUUCACAAGUACCUUCACGAAUCCUCAUUUCCAAAGAAUACUAGCACAGCUUGAAUACCUCUAUAUCGACAGCAAUACGUUCCACACGAAUUUCUACACAUUUCUCAUAGCUAAAGCGUUGAUCCAUAAAUAUCUUUAAGUAUUACAGAUAAGAAUGCGCGUAUAGACCGUUUGUAUGUACAUAUGAUUGACUUAAAAUUGUGACUUGUAACAUGUAAAAUUAUUUCAUAUAUAUGUAUGUUAAUUUUAGAAUAAUAUUUAAUAAAUAUAUUAAGUUAAUUGACA